UGUGGUGAUGCAACUCCACCGCCUUCUAUGUGCUCGACAUUACCCGGGCCUCAAAGUUGGGCAUGUGUUUCCCGCCGGGCUGAUUUCGGGUUGCACUGCUUAGUGGCGGCUGCUUUAGCGACGUUGGUCUGACCUAAUCGGCUGCUGACUUUCUGGUAGUGAUGUGUUGCUACACCCACACCCGGCGUUGAUCGCCACCAUCGCUGGUCAUCUACUUGAGAGCAGCUUUAAUGUCUCGGCGCCUCUCGCAGCGCCCGGCUUGGGUCGCUCCGUUUCCAUAACAACCGACCUCUCUCCAAAAGGGUGGAGAGGACACGACGGGUUCACUCGACCUUCAAAGGCAGCGGAAUGCUGCUCCCUCAGUCUGACAGGGCCAGACUACUUGAGUUGAAUUUGGAACGGGUGCAGACGAAGAUGGGAGGCAAUGUGGCUGGUGUGCAGUGAUCUUACACAAAGCGAAGAAUCUGUGAAAUCAUAACAUGGUCAUCAAGGUGUUUUUUCCAAGCUGCUGUCCAGAAGCAGAAAGUGGCUUACUGCUAGGUCGUUGGAUUCCAGAGCAGAAUGCUGCCGUUGUCCUUGCAAUUAUUCACUACCCUUUCAUCCCAGGGCAAGUUAAGCAGUAUCUCGAGCAGAUUAAGAAUGUGACUACCGUAGAUGUCUUGGUGCUGGGAUCCUGGAACAGCUAUAGUUCUCAGCCAAAAGAAAACCUUGAUCAAUUCCUGCAGGAUCUGAGCUCCAUCUUUCCUCAUGAGCUGUGGUUCCAGUUAACACAAGAUAAAGAAAACAAAUCAGUAUUCGACUGCCAUGUAGUUCAACAGUGUAAGAAGAACAACAAGGAAGAUGUUAUCUUAAUUCACUAUGAUCAACGCAAGGUGAUGCUGUCAAAGUUGCAUGAUCUGGAAACUAAAAUCUUCCGGGAAAACCACAUCACUGGACUGGAGUCAGAAGUCAGUAGCUCAGAUUUUGCUGAAAUUUUUGAUACUGUUGCUAAAUGCGAACUUUUGUUUAUGAUUGAUAAAUAUGAUGAAACUCCAAUCAAAUUUACUCACUGGCAAUCUGAAGGACGAGAGGCUAGUGUUGUUGUGGAACUUACAAAGCAAGCAUCUGUACCUGUGUGUAUGGUUCUUUCUUUCCUGGUGAAUUUUGUGUUGAAUUUCUGCAAAAGCAGAGUAUUACACAUAUGGCCUCUGCAUAUUUUAUGGAGUAGGCUUUCAACAUGUGUGCAGCUUGCACAUCGUUUGGAUCACUUGCAGACGAUUGCAAGUACUACAAAAGCACAAAAUCACGCUGAGUUUAUGAGAAAAGCCAACCUCUUUGUUUCAUUCCUAAUUGACGUGGGCCUUGGAAUGUUGCUGAUCUCGUGGCUUUAUCAGCAGAAUCGUAUCGGCCAUUUAGCAGAUGCUCUCGUUCCGGCUGCUGCUCAUAUUGCCAAAGAGUUAGAGAAAUUGCUGGAGUGGCUGAUGGGAGCUCCUGCUGGCUUGAAGAUGAACAAAGCGCUAGAUGAAGUACUAGGACAUUUCUUUCUUUAUCAUAUUCAUCUAUGGAUAAGUUAUAUCCAUCUGAUGUCUCCAUUUAUUGAAAUGAUCCUGUGGUACGUUGGACUAUCAGCAUGUCUUGGCUUGACUGUGGCCUUGUCCAUUGUUUCUGACAUUAUUGCUCUCCUGACAUUUCAUAUCUACUGUUUUUAUGUAUAUGGGGCCAGAAUCUAUUGUUUGAAGAUCUGUGGCUUGUCAUCUCUCUGGCGAUUGUUCAGAGGGAAGAAGUGGAAUGUUCUGAGGCAGCGUGUGGACUCCUGCAGUUAUGACUUGGAUCAGCUGUUUAUUGGAACAUUGCUCUUCACCGUUCUCCUAUUCCUCUUGCCAACCACGGCACUGUAUUACCUUGUCUUUACACUGUUACGAUUGGUGGUGGUAGUUAUUCAGGGUCUCAUUCAAUUGCUCAUGGACUUCAUUAACACCCUCCCAUUAUUUGCAUUAGGACUCAGACUGUGCCGGCCUUAUGUCCUUGCAGCUGGUGUUAAGUUUCAAGUUUUCCAGAAGGUUGCUGGUAAACCUCUUCACUUAUUGAUGCAGAUUAACCCAUUGACCUAUGGGAUGAUAAUCAAGUGCUACAGACUUCCAACCUACAGAUGUUAUCCAAAGGACUCAUGGGCAGCGCUUUGUAAGAAGCUGUUUGUUGGGAAACUGAUUUAUCCAUGGAAACGCAAAACUGGAAACAAGACUCAGUAAAUGUACGCUAAGUGGGAGCAGUCUUAAUGUUCAUACCCAAUUUCCUGCAUUGCUAUAUGUCUUUAAAAUUAUAAGUUUUUCUUUCAAAUAAGGUUGAAUUGCUAUAUUUGUUGAAGAAUAAAAACUUUAAAAUCAGAUUCAUUUUAACAAUUACCAAAAUUAUGGUGCCAAAUUGCCAGUAGAUUAACAUAAUACUGCAGUUUUUUAAGUUAUGAAAUAUAAAAAUAUUAAAGUAUCCAUAUCUCAGAAUACAUUUUCACACUUUGCCUUUUCUAUCAGAACAAGUAUGCUUUUCCGCUAACUGGGUAGGUACAAAUUCUGCAAUUUAUAAGAAUACACUUCAGUUUGCUAUAGAAGUGCAAUGUUAUUGCACUGUUUGUAGAUAAAAUCAUGUUUCAUUCAUUAAGGACAUGUGUUUCCUUUCUAAGUAUAGUGACGUGGUAUGUCAUGUAUAUUAGUACUUUAAAUGCCCUAUAAAAUGCUCAUUUUACCAAUUAUUCUGAACGAUUUUCUUAAGAUCUCAUCAAAUUGAUGCAAUCAUCUCUAACUUGAGAAAAUAGUAUACUUGCAUUUUGGAGUAAUUUAAAAGAGAAACUCCACUUUUUUAAAUGAAAACUAAAUUUCUGCUAAUUUGAUGUAAUAACCAUGUGUUGCCCUGUAAUGGAACAAUUUAACUGCUUUGUAUUUUCCUUACCUCCUUGAUUACAACGUGGUUUUUCAGAUGUACAGAGGAAGGCCUCAAUGUUAGGCAUUCUAUACCAAUUACAAUGCCUAUAAAAUAUUUCAGAAAUAUACAAUAUUUUAAUAAUGUAUUUUACGGCACAAACCUGUUGCUAUUUUAUUGUUCAAAAAUGCAUUGUUGCUUCUCUGUACAAUGUGACAUCUAGUUCUUGGCAACUGCCUGAAAGCGAUAUUUCUCGGCCAGUCAUUAAAUUUUGUAGACAAGCCUUCAUUGUCAUUUGAUCUUGUAAUGUACCCCACAGAUUGUAAUCUGAAUAGCUACAUUGGCCUGGGAUUUCCUGAAAACUCAUACUGAAACAAUGACAUCAGAAAUGUUGUUUAAUAUUGUAAGAAAUACUUGCCUGGAUUUUUCUGCAAAAGCUCUUCCAUAAUCUUCAGUCAUUUGCCAAACACAGGUCAUGCAAAAUUCUUGAAUUUUUAACAGUUGUUAGUAACCAAUUAAAACCUGAAGCAUUUAAUGCAACAAAGUUCUGUUUCUGGUGUUUAUUAGCUUGGAAUUUGUUUUUUCCUUCCUUGUGCUAAAUGCACAAUAUAGUAGCUCUAUGUUAUACAGCUCUUCCAAAAUUUGGUUUCAUUCACUUCACUGUGACAAAACUUUCAAAGAAGAAUAUACUGUAAUGGACAGUCACUUUCACGUUGGUCCUUUGCUAGAUGUGCUAUAAACAAUGUGCUGUGCAUGUUUCACUAACUUCAAUUUUCAUGAAGUGAGAGGAACAGAGAGAGUGUGGUAUAAGUUUUGCAGCUUCCAUCAGCCUAAUUAUUAAUGAGGAUUUUCCUUUAUCUGCCUUACUACAUUCCUGUUUUUAAAAUUAAUGGCAGAUGGAAAUGAGAUUCUCUGGAAGUUUUAUGAUGCAAAUUUCCAAUGGGAAAAUCAAUGUAAAUUGUCUGAUUUUAUGAAAUUCCAGUCCAUUAAUGUGAUCAAAAUUAUUUUUCUUCUGAAAAUUUUACUUUCAGAUUGUACUACCAGGUUUUGUAAAAGUCAAGUUGGUACCAUAAAUUAAAUUGAUUAGUAACCAUAAUGAAUAAAAUCUCUCAAUGCCAUUUGUAUGUGUGUUACGGCUUCAUUAACAGUUCCAAAGAAGAUUCACAUAUCAAUUAAUUUGACACAUCAGUAAUAAACCUACGAUUUAAAUGCCAAGAUACAUAGCAUACAAAGUGCAUUGCCAUUGACUAGCAUUUUAUUAUUUUAUUCUAGUUGGAGGCAAAUCAUAUUUCACAUUUCCUUUAUUCGAAAAAGAAUUAGAAAACAAUUUACCACAAGCUUAUCACCUGUCUAAUGAAAAAUGUUAAAGGUUAUGUUAAAUAUGUUAUAAUAGGGCAAUAGAAAAAUUCAAGGUAAUAAGGCAAAGUUGACAUGAUUUUUUGAAAGGGAAAUGAACUUCGACCAAUUUAUUAGAAUGUGUUGAAGAAGUAACUUGUUGUGGAUAAAGUACAAUUAAUAGACGUACUAAGAUUUUGAGAAAGUAAAAGUUCAUCAUGUAAAAGAUAAUGUAAUCACAUGCAUUGAAGAUCAGCUGGCUAACAGGAAACAGAGGAGGCAUAAAUGGAUCUUUCUGGUUGGCAAAUGUAACAAGUAGAAUGUCACAAGAAUCAGUGGCUGAGGCCACAACUUUUUUUAAAAAUUCAUGGUAAUUGACUUGUAUGUAGGGUCUUAGGGAAUGGAAUCUAGAUUUGCUGAUGAUAAGAUAAUAGAUUCUAAAGUAAGUUGAAGAAAACAUAAGGAGUCUAUAAAGAGAUGAAUAAAGAUUAAGUGGUUGGGCAAUUAUCCAUGAAAUGAUGUAUACUGUGGUAAAGUGUAAAAUCAUUUUGGAAGAAAAACUAAAAAUGUAUCAUCUAAAUGGCGAGAUGAACACUGAGAUACUGUGGAAUUUGGAGAUUUAGUGCAAAAUUUAUAAAAGAUUUGUGUGCAGAUAGUGCAAGAAAUUCAAAAUGUUAUUAAUGUUAUACGAUUGUUAGAGAGAUUCAAUCCAAAUAUGGGGGAAAUGCUUCAAAAUCCAGGAUGUUGGUGAGACCACAUCUGGAUUAUUGUGUAUUGUUUGCCUUAUGUAAGGAAGGAAGGUGAAGUGUUGAGAGCAGUUCAGAGGUUUCCCAGACUAAUAUUAGGAAUGAAUGAACUGCCUUAUAAGAAAGGGCUACUCAAACAACAAGAAGAAAAUAGGAGUAGGAGAAGGUCACUUCAAUGCUCAGGCUUGCUCUGCCAUUCAAUAUGAUUGUAGCUGAUGUAGCCCAGGCCUCAGCUCCUCUAUAUUAUGUCCUGGUAGUUGUCAAACACUAAUCUAUCAAAACUUUAUCUACCUCCAUCUCAGAUGUAUGUAAGAUAAAGUUUUAAAGAAUGAGAGGGGAACAAACAUACUAAAUUCCGAGGUGUCUUGGAAAAUGAAGGGGAUACUUUUUUUAAAAUAGAAGGAUCUAAAAUUACAGGCCUGACUCAGUUCUUUGUCUGGAUUUGUAUUUUGCACAUAGCUAAACAACUGAUUCAGCCACGAUGACUUAUGCAGUCUAACCACAAGAACACAGAGCACCAUCUUCAUUUUAACUAGUUGUCUUUUCAUUGAAAAGUUUCCUGACAACACAAAAGAUGUCAAUAUUAAAAUAAAUUUGAAAAACUUCACCUGUUAUGUUUGCUCUCUGCUUCCAUAUCAUUUUAUUAUUUAUUUGCAUAUUUGUAUCUUUGAAUGUAACUUUUUCAGUUGAUACUUUUUUAAGUGGCUACAUUACUCAGAUACCCCUGUAACUGCUCAAAAGUUUUACACAAGCAUAUUAAAGAUACCAUUAUUUUGAUUUGCUUCCUGUUUAUAUCCUAUGCCGAUGAAACACUUACUACAGUCCAGCAUCUAUCAGCAAGCACAACCUACUCUCCACAUUAGCUGCUCGACCCAACAAGCUAGCCUAAACACUAGUAGAGGGAAUGACAGAUAGCUAUGUGCCUGCACUUAAAUUCUCCUAACUAUGACACUGUUUUCCCAUUUUCAACCUACUGUUGCUGGUAGAUCUACUGUACCAGA